UGUGAAUAAAUUAUUAGAUUUGCAUGAUAAUACGCACUACAUUUAUAAAAAUGUACUUUUAUAAUUCUUUACUUUUAGUUAGUAACAUUCUUACGUUAACAGUACACACACAGUCUCAAGAUCUAAACGGCAUUGGAAUAUCAGCAUGCGGUUUUUAUGGUGCUCGCGCUGAGGAUUGUGGUUUAUCGGAUGUUCCAAUUUCAAAAAUACCAGUGAAUUGCCUAUCUAUAUUUUUCGAUGGAGUUACAGUGGAUUUAAGAUACCACGUUGGUGUACCCUGCAUGUGUAAUCCGAAUUUUAAUCAAUUAGACAAAAUAUUGAAGAUGAAAGGUUCUAAGCGUGUAUUUUUGCUUUACGGUCAUACGACUAUACAAGAAUGGACUGCAAUGCUUGCUUGUGAAUCUUGUAACGGAGGAACUAACUCAUUAGAUGAAAUGAAAGGCUUAAAAGCUUUUUUGGAUGAACAUCCGGGGAUUGAUGGUCUUGUUCUUACAAGUUUAGAGUAUGACGAUGAUUCUGAUGAAUUUAUGGGAUAUUCUGAAAAUUUAAAAACAUAUCUUGAGGUGAUGAAAAAAAGUUUUCCUAAUUUAUUUGUUGGUCUUGAUUUAUCAGGACGAUUUCUAAUAGAUCAUUUUACCAACCCAAGGAUACCUUGGUUGGAUAUUACUACAGUAGAUUCGGUUACGGAUUUUUACGUUGUUUCUGUUGUAUUCUUGAACGAAUGCACUGGCAAUGACUUCAGAAAUGGAAUAGCUCCAAUUACUGCAUCAUAUACAAAUUAUACGUUGGAUAAAUUAAAAGAUGUAUUAAAGCAGGCAUCUAUUCCGAAAGAAAAAAUACAUUUUAAAUUUAAAAUUAACCCAACAUCUGAUCCCAAUGAUUCAUUUACGUAUUGUGAUUUGACCAUGGAGAAGAUUUGUUUGCAACCACAAGAAACGUGUACAUGGUGUGUAGAUACUUUAAAAUCAUUUAAUGAAAAGGGCAAUUAUGCCAAUAAAUAUGGAGCAGGAUUUAUAGGUUCUUCUAUAGAUUUUAAUGACCCCGAUAACUGCUGUAAUUGUGAAAAACCAUUCCCUGGGUUCAAUGCUAUUUUAGAUGGAUUUAAUGGUGUCACUACAAAACCUUGUGAUUUAUUAAACAGAAACUAG